AUGAUACCGAUUCAUUCGCUCCCCAGCGCCGCCGACGGCGAAGCUGAUGACCAGUCCAGUUUCGACGACGACGUCUCCUCCGCCGGCCCGGGCUUCUCUCAUCUGCCCGCUGAGCUUCGUCUCAAGAUAUGGUCCUGCUCGGUGGAGCCGCGUAUCGUCAUUCUCGACGAUCUUGUCCACAAGCCAAAAUCGUAUCCCAUCCCUGUUGUCACUCGCCUAAACGCGGAAGCUCGCAUUGAGACCAGAGAAGGCUAUGAGCCAGUAGGCCGUGGAUCUCACAUUCACUUCGCCAGAGACAUACUCGUCUGUGACCCCAACAUCUCUGACCAGAGCUCCAACACUCCCCUAGAAAAGCUGGCCCCGCGUGUCGAGAGGCUUGCCUUUUGGGAUUGCUUCCCCGACGAUGGGCGUAUCGAGGGGCCGGGCCACUACUCUGCCUACCUGGAGAGGUGGUAUCCUCAGGAGCGGCCUGGAAAGGUUGAGUUUGACAAGUUCUGGUUCCCAAACCUCAAGGACCUGUGGAUCGUUAAAGUUGGCGAGGUAGACAGGUCUUGGAUGGUUGGCGUGGACCAGAACCUGCCGUACGACGUGCGUCUAAGAAAGACAGCCCGGCAGUUUCGAUACUGGAUAGAUGAAAACAUUGUCGAGAUUGCGCCAUUGGACUUGGAUGAGCCGGAAACCAAGGCCGUGUUGCGGCAAGGGCGAUGCGGCAAGGAGGACUGCCAGGCGCUGAACCAUGGCCGGUCUAAAAUGGUUUCCAAAGUCAUCUUCAUGGAUGGCAAGUAUCGCGUCAUGGAAGGCUCCGAGGGCUGGCAGCGCAUCAUGCCAUGGUCUACCAAGAUGGCACAGGCUACCGAGAAAGACACCUCAGAAAACAGAAUGAGAUGGAUCAUUGUGGAGAGGAUAUUAACCUUUUCAUUGAGAUGGGAAGGCCCUGACGACGAGGUAGCGACUCCAGCUCGACGAAAAGCGCCAGAGAUGCCAGCACGACGGAUGAUAUAUGAGACAAGAUAAAAGGGGGAAGAAAAACCUCUUCGCUCAAUCCAAAAUUCUGGCGACCUACACAAAUCUACAUGGCAGCAUUUCUAUGAAUUUUUCAUGGAUGCUUACUUUUCGCAGCACAAACUGGAGCUAUACUACCUACACCAUCGGAAAAUUGCACGCUCAGCAGAAGCGUGCUUCGACACUUCAAAUACAGCCGCGAUAUGACGGCACAUCCUCAAUGAAAACAACACACUAAUUUUUGAUCAAUGAGCACUAAUCUCUCGGGAAACGCGUCUCAAAAAACACCAUUUGGCAUUCAAGAGACACGCAACCAAACGGAACAAAGUCGAGACAGACAAAAAUAUACGCGAUUUCAGCUAGCCCGGUCAUUACAGCAUUGCGCAAACCACUUGGAACAUCAUUUGUCAAGCUCAAUUUAAUUAUUCGUUUACGCCGUGAAUUACGAGGUUGGCACCGGGCUAUUCACCAGAAAUAUCAUCGUACGACAUCAUCAGCUUAGAUCCCUUGGCUAGCUUGGCAAGCAUUGGGCUUCAACGAUAUUGCACGAAUGGAAGGAUAUUGCGGAAUCAACACUUGAACCGCUGGACUGG